UCGAAAAAAUUAUCGAAGCUUCCUUGUGUUAAAAUUCAUUUCUUUCUGGCAUCACCUCUUCAAGUUUUUCCAUUCAGCUCAGCCUUCGGAACGGAAUAAUUGAAUUUUUUAUUCGGACAAAAUGUAUUUAAAUUUCCGUGGAGGAAAGACUAUCAACCGGGUGUGUCAAUGUACACUCCUUGCGGGAUGCAAUGAGACAUUGAUGGACAAAGAAGUUGUAUACAACAGUGGAACAAUUAUAUCCCGGAAAUGCUCGGGACAUUUGAAUCAGCCGAUUGUAAAUCUUAAAGUUCUGCAUAACUUUGGAACCUUUAUAUGGCAUAGAUGCACUUGCAACACCAAGUUAUUAGAAAUAUGUGAACUGCGCAAUUAUGGAACCAUAAUAAGUUGCAAAUCCACUUGCACACCAAUAGCUAAUCCGGAAAAUGUACGUAUGAGACUGGACAUUAGCAAGCAUUUUGAGAUUCCGAAAGGCACCGUCCAAUCCGAUUUGGAAAGUUUUGUUAUUAAGGUUAAGUCCGACAUAAUGCAUUUAAGUCCUUUUAUGGGAUCUGGAGCAUCAUAUUCUUUAACGUUUAUGGGCGAUCCUCCAAUAACACUAUCGGAAGGAACUUUGUCGUGUAAUGAAAUUUCGGCAAGUCAUUCCAACGGCCAUUUUGCGAAUGGUGAAAAUAGAAUUAUACCGAAUUCAGCUUCAUCAUCGGCGAAUUCUUCAAACCAUCUAGAAAAUGGUUUAGACGAACGCCGCGAACUGGAGGAAUCGAGUUUGGCCGUUCGUGGCCAAACACACACAAAUGUUUUAUCCAUCAAGCCAAAAGCUGAGGUUAUGAGUCCAUCGGAACCAAUGGAAAUGCCUCACUGGCAAAGAGUACAUCUUGAGAAGGACCGUGAACUCGCAACCAUUUGUCAUAAUUCUGGACUAAAAAGCAAAGUUGAGUUUUCUCAGGAACCAACUUCUUCAAAGGCAACUGCAAUGAAAGAUCCCAGAUUGACAACUUUACAAAACCCAAUAAUUAUAGAUGAAAGAAAUGAUCCACCCGGAGCGAUUCAACCGAUUCCUUAUCCAAAUGGGGAACACGCAUUACAAAGCAUCAAAAAUGAGCCUAAUAAGACUGAAGCCAGCAGCGGUCAUAAUUCUGGAGUUUUUAUGAACUUUUUGGCGGCGAAUUCACUACAAGCAAAUAGGAAUAUUGUCAACAAAAAUCCAAAUGAAAGCUUUAGCUUGACUAACAUGGGUAUGCAACCAUUGGAAUCCUCGAUCCUCAAGUCACCAGCAUCUCAAGACAGCAAAAGUCCAAAUGAAAGAUUACCAGACUCACAGCUGACAAGUAAAGAUCCACCAAGAUGCCGUACCCGUAUAGUAUAUGGACAGCCAACUGUGAUCUACAAGAACAGGUCGUCUGUUAAAAAAAAUCAGGGAAUGUCCUCAGGAAAAAUUGCGGCCCCAAUGAAUCUUAAAAUCCUUGGCAAGGAGAAUGUACAGAAUCUAUACGCCAGUGACUUGGUUCAUCCGACUACUUCUUUUAGCGAUCCGUCACAAAAUGUGUCUACAUCAAAUAUCUCUCCCGAAAAAAACAAAUCGGGCAAUUUCCUCAGGGUAAAAAGUUUUGCUAGUCUAACGAAUUUCGUAGGUGCUGCAAAUUUAGUUAGCUUUCCAAAUGCACAUUGUAAACCAACGAAGAAGAGUCCUUCUUCAUCAUCUUAGCCGUUUUCGUCAUCCCAUAAUUUUGGCGAUUAUUAAACAAAAUCGAAAUUGAUAUACUUUGCAAGGUUAAUUUCAACGAAUGUUUU